AUGAGUGAGAGGCGAAGAUCGGCGGUGGCCCUCAGCUCCCGAGCGCACGCUUUCUCGGUAGAAGCCUUGAUCGGGACAAAUAAAAAGAGGAAACUGCGAGACUGGGAGGACAAGGGGCUGGAUUUGUCCAUGGAAAGCCUCAGCCCUAAUGGCCAGCUGGGGGACAAUGAAGACCCGACUCAGCAUAUGGAAGAGCCACAUCCUGACUCAGAACAGAGCACUGGGUCAGACACAGAGGUGCUGGCAGAAAGGACAUCCUGUUCCUUUGGCUCCCAUUCUGACCUUACAUCUGGUGGGUCAGGCCCUCAGCCUCCUCCACCUUCAUCCAUGGAAGAGAUCCAGGUAGAGCUGCAGUGUGCGGACCUCUGGAAAAGAUUUCAUGACAUUGGGACAGAGAUGAUCAUCACAAAAGCAGGCAGGAGAAUGUUUCCAGCCAUGAGGGUGAAAAUAACAGGCUUGGAUCCCCACCAGCAGUAUUAUAUUGCCAUGGACAUUGUCCCUGUGGAUAACAAGAGAUACAGGUAUGUGUAUCACAGCUCCAAGUGGAUGGUGGCUGGCAAUGCUGACUCCCCAGUGCCCCCAAGGGUUUACAUCCACCCUGACUCCCUGGCUUCUGGAGACACCUGGAUGAGGCAGGUGGUCAGUUUUGACAAACUCAAGCUGACCAACAACGAGCUUGAUGAUCAAGGCCAUAUAAUCUUACAUUCAAUGCAUAAGUAUCAGCCUCGUGUUCAUGUCAUCCGCAAGGAUUUCAGCAGUGAUCUUUCUCCUACAAAGCCAGUUCCUUCAGGAGAUGGGGUGAAAACCUUUAACUUCCCUGAGACUGUUUUCACCACAGUGACAGCCUACCAAAAUCAACAGAUCACCAGAUUAAAAAUUGACAGGAACCCCUUUGCCAAAGGUUUCAGAGAUUCUGGGAGAAACAGGACAGGGCUGGAGGCCAUCAUGGAGACCUACGCCUUCUGGAGGCCCCCAGUGCGCACUCUCACCUUUGAAGAUUUCACCACCAUGCAGAAGCAGCAAGGAGGCAGCACAGGAACAUCCCCGACCACCUCCAGCACGGGGACCCCAUCACCAUCCGCUUCUUCUCACCUUCUCUCUCCAUCCUGCUCUCCACCAGCCUUCCAUCUGGCCCCCAACACUUUCAAUGUUGGCUGCCGGGAGAGUCAGCUUUGCAACCUCAACCUGUCUGAUUAUCCUCCUUGUGCCAGAAGCAACAUGGCAGCACUGCAGAGCUACCCAGCGCUGAGUGAUGGGGGCUACAACCGGCUACAGAGCAGCACCGCUGCUGCCUCGCAGCCCUCUGAAACCUUCAUGCCUCAGAGGACUCCCUCCUUGAUCUCAGGAAUGCCGGCUCCUUCCUCCUUGCCCAGCAACAGCAAGAUGGAGGCAUACAGUGGCCAGCUGGGAUCCUUCCCCAGCUCCCAGUUCCAGUAUGUCAUGCAAGCAGGCAACCCUGCCUCCACCUCCUCCUCUUCACACAUGUUUGGUGGUGGCCACAUGCAGCAGAGCUCCUACAAUGCCUUCUCCCUGCACAACCCCUACAACCUCUAUGGAUACAAUUUCCCUGCUUCCCCCAGGCUGGCGGCAAGCCCAGAGAAACUCACCACCUCCCAAAGCACUUUACUCUGCUCUUCCCCAUCCAGUGGGGCCUUUGGAGAGAGGCAAUACCUUUCUACAGGGAUGGAUCAUGGGAUGCACAUGAUCAGCCCUCCAUCCAGCAGCCAGCAAACAGCCGCCGCCUGUGACAACAGGCAGUAUGGAGCAGUUCAGGGCUCCUCCUCACAGAUGUCUGUGCACAUGGUCUAA